AGAGCGCAGCGGAGCGGAGCGCCAGGCAGCGCGGAGCAGAGGCCGGGCCCACAGCUGCUCCGCCUCCCUGCCCGCAGAUCCCCGACGGCCUCACCGCGGGCUCCUCUGGCCCGCAAGGACACGUGCAUGGCGUCCUGGGGAAGGCGCUGAGUGCGGAGUCGCGGCGCCGCAGGCGGCACCAUGGCCCUGGAGCAGGCGCUGCAGGCGGCGCGGCAGGGCGAGCUGGACGUGCUGAGGUCGCUGCACGCCGCAGGCCUCCUGGGGCCCUCGCUGCGCGACGCGCUGGACGCGCUGCCCGUGCACCACGCGGCCCGCGCUGGGAAGCUGCACUGUCUGCGGUUCCUGGUGGAGGAAGCCGCCCUCCCCGCCGCGGCCCGUGCCCGCAACGGCGCCACACCGGCUCACGACGCCUCCGCCACCGGCCACCUCGCCUGCCUGCAGUGGCUGCUGUCGCAGGGCGGCUGCAGAGUGCAGGACAAAGACAAUUCUGGUGCCACAGUCUUGCAUCUGGCUGCCCGCUUCGGCCACCCCGAGGUGGUGAACUGGCUCUUGCAUCAUGGCGGUGGGGACCCCGCCGCGGCCACAGACAUGGGCGCCCUGCCUAUCCACUACGCUGCCGCCAAAGGAGACUUCCCCUCCCUGAGGCUUCUCGUCGGGCACUACCCUGAGGGAGUGAAUGCCCAAACCAAGAACGGUGCCACGCCCCUGUACCUGGCGUGCCAGGAGGGCCACCUGGAGGUGACGCAGUACCUGGUGCAGGAAUGCGGCGCAGACCCGCACGCGCGCGCCCACGACGGCAUGACCCCCCUGCACGCCGCGGCGCAGAUGGGCCACAGCCCAGUCAUCGUGUGGUUGGUUAGCUGCACCGACGUGAGCCUGUCCGAGCAGGACAAAGACGGCGCCACCGCCAUGCACUUCGCGGCGAGCCGCGGCCACACCAAGGUGCUCAGCUGGCUGCUGCUGCACGGCGGGGAGAUCUCGGCUGACCUGUGGGGCGGGACCCCGCUGCACGACGCCGCCGAGAACGGGGAGCUAGAGUGCUGCCAGAUCCUGGUAGUGAACGGCGCGGAGCUGGACGUCCGCGACCGCGACGGGUACACGGCCGCCGACCUGUCGGACUUCAACGGCCACAGCCACUGCACCCGCUACCUGCGCACGGUGGAGAACCUGAGCGUGGAGCACCGCGUGCUUUCCCGGGAUCCAUCCGCGGAGCUGGAGGCGAAGCAGCCGGAUUCAGGCAUGUCCUCACCCAAUACCACGGUGUCGGUCCAGCCGCUGAACUUUGACCUCAGCUCGCCUACCAGCACCCUCUCCAACUACGACUCCUGCUCCUCCAGCCACUCCAGCAUCAAAGGCCAGCACCCUCCAUGUGGGCUUUCCAGCGCUAGAGCUGCAGACAUACAGAGCUACAUGGACAUGCUGAACCCGGAGCUGGGCCUGCCUCGGGGCACGAUUGGGAAGCCCACACCCCCACCACCCCCACCCAGCUUCCCCCCGCCACCCCCGCCCCCAGGCACCCAACUGCCCCCACCCCCACCUGGCUACCCAGCUCCCAAGCCUCCUGUAGGACCACAGGCAGCUGACAUCUACAUGCAGACCAAGAACAAACUCCGCCACGUGGAGACAGAGGCCCUCAAGAAGGAGCUGAGCUCCUGCGACGGCCACGACGGGUUGCGGAGGCAGGACUCCAGCCGCAAGCCCCGCGCCUUCAGCAAGCAGCCCAGCACGGGGGACUACUACCGGCAGCUGGGCCGCUGCCCCGGCGAGACGCUGGCCGCACGCCCGGGCAUGGCGCACAGCGAGGAGGUGCGUGCCCGCCAGCCCGCGCCCGCCUGCUGCCCGCGCCUCAGCCCUGCCGCCCGCGGCUCACUCGAAGGCCCCUCCGCUCCCCCGCAGGCGGCGCUGCUCCCUGGGAACCAUGUUCCUAACGGCUGCGCCGCGGACCCCAAGGCGUCCAGGGAGCUGCCACCGCCGCCCCCACCGCCGCCGCCGCCCCUGCCGGAGGCCGCGAGUUCGCCACCGCCGGCCCCGCCUCUGCCCCUGGAGGGCGCUGGCCCUGGCUGCGGGCAGCGCCGCUCCUCCUCGUCCACCGGCAAAGUGAGAAUCCUGAGGCACAGGAAGAGCACCAAGUCUUUCAACAUGAUGUCCCCGACGGGCGACAACUCGGAGCUACUGGCUGAGAUUAAGGCAGGCAAGAGCCUGAAGCCGACGCCGCAGAGCAAGGGGCUGACCACAGUGUUCUCAGGCAGCGGGCAGCCGGCCUUCCAGCCCGAUUCACCACUGCCGUCUGUGUCACCUGCACUGUCACCAGUCCGGAGCCCCACACCGCCAGCUGCGGGGUUUCAGCCGCUGCUCAAUGGAAGCUUGGUUCCCGUGCCGCCCACUACUCCUGCGCCGGGAGUGCAGCUGGACGUGGAGGCGCUCAUCCCCACGCACGAUGAGCAGGGCCGGCCCAUCCCUGAGUGGAAGCGCCAGGUGAUGGUGCGCAAGAUGCAGCUGAAGAUGCAGGAGGAGGAGGAGCAGAGGCGGAAGCUGACGGCCGCCAGCUCGUGCUGCUACCCCCGCGAGGGCUGGAGGUACUCCCGCGAGCACAACGCCAUCCUCGGGCCCUUUGGCGAGCUCAUGACCGAAGCCGACAUCCUACGCAUCGAGCAGCAAAUCGAGAACCUGCAGGUGCUGCACAAGGCGCAGAAGCUGGAGGCGCGCCUCGAGCAACUGGAGCUGGAGCUGGAGCAGCUGCUGCCCAUCUCGGCCGCCCUGUCGGCGCCGCGCUUCACAGUCGAUCCGCGCCGAAUGCAUGGCCGCGCCGCCAGCCUGCCCGCCUGGUGCAGCAAGAUCUCCACGCUGCUCAAGAGCAUGGCCACGCUGCUGGCUGCGCUGGGCGGCCGGCCUGCGCACCUGGCGGAGCUGCUGACCGCUGACACGGGCCAGCCGCUGGCGCCGCUGCCCGACGCGCCCUGGCUGCCCGGGCCGCUCUGCCUGGGCCGCUCGCACUCGCUCAGCUGGUGCCGCGAGGCUGUGGCGCGCGAGAUCCUCGAGUGCGGCGUCUCCGUGCAGCAUCUCCGCGCCACCUACGAGCUGCGCGCACGGGGCGCGGCGCCCGCGCGCUGUCCGCGCCGCAAGCCCCCGCAGUCCGCUGGCGCCCCGGGCCGGGAGCCCAUCUUGGAGGAGGACUACGUGGCGGCCGGCUCUGGCCAGCCCAGCGCCGCCGCCGCCCACGGCCCGCUGGUCGACUGGGAGCCCCUGGGCACCCUGGGCCCGCCCGAGGUACAGGAUCGCCAGGCGGCGCUGCCUGAGCCUGAGCAGCUGGCGCGCCGGCCGCCCCUCUGCACGAAGCUGCGCGGCGUCCAGGACUACCUCGACCUGCGCAAGGAGCGCAUCGUCUACCUCUUCCUGGAGCACUGGCGCCGCUGGGCCUUCCGCGGACCAGGCCGCCGCGCUCAGGCGCGCCUACGCGGACUGCUGCCCCGCGUGGCGGCUGCCGGUGCUGGCCCGGGGCUGGAGGCCACGGACGCCCCCCGGCUGCCGGCGAGCAACAGCGAGGCCCACAGCCCCGACGAACGGCUGCGGCAGCUGCUGAGGCAGCGGCAGGCGGUGGGCAAGCUGCUGGGCCACUGGCGGAGCCUGCUGCGGCGCGUGCCGGCAAGCCCGGGCCUGGCGCACGGCCUGUACUGGCCCCAGCACUUCCUGCCGCCCCUGGACGGCGGCGCACCCCCGCGCUACGACAGCCUCACGCUCGACCUCUUCAUGCUCGGCUACUUCCAGCUACUCGAGAUGGGCCUGAGCCGCGAGGAGCGCAAGUUCCGCCACCUACUGUGCUACGAGAUGUUUGACCGACUGGGCAGCCACCCGUGGGAGCGCAUCCGCCUCUUCCACCGCGUGGUGCUGGAGGAGGUGGAGGCCGGCCGGCGCGGCUGGAGCGACGGCUUCGAGGACCUCAGGCACCGGUUCUUCGGAAACGGCCCGGAGGCUGAGCUGGCCCCGGAAGAACAGGCGAAGAAAAAGGAAGAGGAGGGGAAAGAACAGGAGCUGACCGAAGAGGCCGCUCCAGUUCAGACGGGGGACCCGCCUGAGGGGCAGCCCGAGGCCCUGGCCCCUGCGCCGCAGCCGCCGCCCCCGCCCGCCGCGCCUCCCCCGACCUCAGACUCUCCUGGUUCCGAAGCCCCCGCCGAAGACCCCUUGGAACUGGUGUCUGAGAUGGGCGAGUUCAGCAACGAGGACAUCUGCCGCUACAUCGACCGCAGCUUCUCCUUCUGGAAAGAGAAGGAGGCAGAGCUGUUUGACAUCUGAGCAGCGGAAUUCGGAAUUCUCAGUUCGCCCUCGAGCGUCUUAACGUGGGCCUGGACGCCUGUCUGACGCCCUCCAGAGGCUGGAAGCAGCAGGAAGAGCCCAGUGGCCUUGAGCAGCCCGGAGGGCCCAGGACCAGGCUGCCUCAGCCUCUGAGGUCCCAUCGUGGCAGGCUGUGGGGCGUUGGUCGGAUAGGCAGGGCAGGCACAGAACAGACCGGGUGUCCGCCUCUGGCCCCGUGGCCCUGCUGAGCUCUGUGUGGAGCCAGGCAGCAGAAGAAGCCCCUCUGAGUGAGGGUCUGCGGCUCCUCCUUGCGGCAGUGUGGCCUGCUCUUUGGUUUUCCACUGGAGUUCACAGCUACCUCCUUGGCUGAGGUCAAGGGAGCCACGUGUGCAGUGUUGUGUGUGAAGUGUGCCGUGUACAGACCCGUUCUCCUCUGUAACAUUCAGGAAAUAAAACUCUUUGCUGUAAACUGCCUA